GUUUGUGGCAAGCGUACAUAGUAGCCGACAUUCUCUUGUUUAAAAAGCCUGAGAGCCUUUGCAUUUUCCCACCUAAACUUAUCCCGGGCUCACUUUUUUGGACCAUGGUUUCAAAAUCAACCUUGCCAAUCGACAUUUUCCCAAGCUGGGCACGCUUGAAUGAUGUGGAAUUUACCAACGCCAAAUUGCAAGAGACGGAUGGAAAGGGAAUUGGCUUAGUGGCCACCAAUAACUUGACAGCAAGUGUAGAAACAUGUGGACUUGAAGGAGGGGAGGAAAAGCCAGAGCCAGAGGGCCAAGUUUGCAAUUCAGAUGGGGAAAAGGACGAAGGAGCUAGGGUAGAGACUCAUGGUCAUGCCAACAACCACCUAGGCAAGAUACUACAGGUCCCUCAUGAUUUGAUCCUUUCAACCGCUUCCAUCGAAGAGUAUUCCAAGGUCGAUCAAAACUUUCGUCAACUACUUGACUCUGCAGGACAUCAGUCGACCCGGGCAGAUAUCAUGCUGUAUCUCUUGGCACAUCUAGUUCUCUCCAGCCGAGAUACUUCGAGCCCAAGAGACCUUGUGCCAACACCAUGGACAGAGUACCUGAAGUUUCUGCCUCGUGAUAUCCCAGUCCCAACAAUGUGGUCGGAACUUGAGCGAGCUCUGCUCCAGGGCACUUCGCUAGAGGCUGCACUAGACGCUAAGCUAUCGGCUCUGAACAAGGAGUUUGAUGAACUCAUCGAAAGAUCAUCAACUCUUCCGUUUUGGAACUCGUUCUUUUGGGAGAGAGAAGCGGUGACUGUUGAUAAUUGGGUAUUGGUUGACGCGUGGUACAGAUCUCGAUGUCUGGAACUACCGAGAUCUGGACACGCCAUGGUUCCUGUCCUUGACAUGGCCAACCACUCACACUCACAAACUGCUUACUAUGACGAAGACGACGAAGACAACAUUGUCUUACUCUCUCGGCCUGGUAUGGAAAUAUCCAUUGGAGACGAAGUGAAUAUAUCCUACGGAGAAAAGUCACCCGCAGAAAUGAUCUUCAGUUAUGGGUUUAUUGACCACGAGUCCACUGUAGAGGAGCUGACUCUACCUCUGGAGUUGCUGGCCGACGAUCCAUUAGGAAAAGCGAAACUCCACAUUUUUCGAGGGUCGCCAACUAUUAAGCUAUCUCGAUCAAACGGGAAAAUAAGCUGGCAAUGUCCUUUCGUCUACUUGAUGUGUCUGAAUGAGGAGGAUGGUCUGGAGUUCAGGGUCCUCCAAGGAACAAACGGGGACCGGGAGCUAAGGCUUUUCUGGCAGGACGAAGAUGCCACGGCUCGAGCAGAUGAUUUCGGAGAUCUCAUCAAGGACCACUCCCUCUGUCAGAUCUUUAGGCUUCGAGCUGUUUCGGUCUUGCAUGAAGUCGUAACCGACCAUCUCAUGCAGCUCUCUUCCGAGAUUUCCCAUGAUGAACUUGAGCCAUUGCGCCGGGCCGGAAAGAUCAGAGAUGGCCGCCUCCAACUGGCCCAAAAGCUCAGAGAAACAGAAGCCAGUAUCCUUGAAAGCGCUGCGGGAGCACUGGAUGAACAGAGGACCCAUCUUUUUGCGGACGACCACGUGGUAGCAUAUCUCGGAUCAAUGGAAGUUUCCCAAGACAGGCAAGCGUUUCAACCAGCGACCAAUGAAGAAGAGGAUUUUAGUUGACCGAAGCACACCUUACAGUGGAUGCUUGUCGGCUAUUGUUGAGCAUUGACAUCCUGGUAUUGUGGGGUAGCCGGCAAUUGCUUCACCUACCUUAGGUACCUACUGUCUGUAUGUAAAUCCUUGCUUCUCUCUCUCUCUGCAACAUGAAUGGUCCCCCUGUGUGACGAAGCUAUUGCGAAACCAUCACAUUAGCAUUCGCGUCACUUCUAGAGACUUCAGCUUCCUGUUCACCUAUCGUACUGCUCUUAUCUCUUACAAAAGUCAUAAUGGUAUUAACCCACGGGCAAGUCUCUGAUGCCUAGGUAGUAUAUAUACACCUCCCGCAGUAUUCUCAUCCCGUAAUGUUGAACGCAAUGUAGCCUCCUUCAACUUUCGGGCUAACUGAACCUCGAGAUGGAGUCAACUGACAUUCGGGCAAAUUCCGUUUACAAAAGUCCAUUGUGGGCUGAAUCAAUUAGAGCAGUACUGAGAAUGGUAACCUCCUGCUUCUCCUAGCCGACUUUUUCUAGGAUUCGCCAAAGCAUUUGAGGGAGCUGUCUUGCGUAUUAGCAGAGAAAUACUUGAGCCAUAUCUUGCUUGAGAAGACAAUGAACUUCUGAAUAGCCAGUGAUGUCGGAUAAAUCAGAACACUUUCUCAUUGCUUUGCUUUGCUUUGUAGAAGCAGACAGAGCGUUUGGGGAUCUUAAUGCA